AUGAAGUUCGCUACCGCUUUCAGCCUUUCUGUUCUGGCGACGUUUGUCGCUGCUGCAGAGCCUGCUCAGACAUGCUCCUCGCUUGAAGUCCGCAGGGAAUGGCGUACGUUCAGCAAGGCCGAGCGCAAGGGCUGGAUUGACGCUGUCAACUGCCUCAACAAAAAGCCUCGUAAUGGGAAGCUUCGCCCGCCAGUCGAUACUGCUAGCUACGCGGAUGCCAAGUUCCAUAUCGCGCCGCUCAACGAAAGCUCUACUUACUACGACGAUUUAGUCUAUAUUCAUAUGAACCUCAACCCUAUCAUUCACUGGACUGGACUAUUCUUACCAUGGCACCGUGCUUACCUGCACGAAUGGACCAACAUUCUCCGGAAAGAAUGCAGCUAUCAAGGAGUAGUGCCAUACUGGGCAUGGGAAAAAGGUGAGUCUGAGCACUGGUGGAGUGGUGGCAUGGCGGCUUACAGGCUUCAUUCAGACGCCGAUGACUUUUUGGGAAGCCCGCUGUGGGAUAAUGAUACAGAAUCUGGACUCGGAGGUUACAGCGAUGAUGCUAGCGACGACUAUACCAUUCAUACUGGAGCACUUGAUAUCGAAGUCGCAUACCCUGUCCCUCAUAAACUCCGCCGUCACUACAUCCCCGAACCCUUCAGCCCGGGCGUCCUGGCGACUUCGACUUUCACGCCUGCCGAGGUUGAAAAGCUUCUCAAUCAACCGAUAGGUAAUUUCACACUAUUCCACGGUUAUCUCGAGCAGCUUGUUGGCAUGCACAGCGCGAUUCAUCUUAUGAUGGGAGGGGACAUGGGUACAAUCUGUCCUGCUGGCUCCUCCGGAACCAGCAACUGUCCAGUAGAACGUGCUGCCACAUUCUCAUCCAACGAGCCUAUCUUCCAUUUGCACCAUGGCAACGUCGACCGUCUCUGGUGGCUCUGGCAAGAGAAGAAUGCUGCUAACAAGUAUGCUUUCCAUGGAGGGUCUAUUCAGAAUACAUCUUCCCUGAACGAGUUCCCCAACGGACAGCCCCCCUGGUUGACCACGAGUGCCGUCCUUCCCGGAGGUGGACUGUGGCCCGAUUACACCAUUGAUCAGACCUUUGACACUCGCAGCUGGCCCUGGUGCUAUGUCUACGAGUAA